GUGGACUUUGCUGACAUAACGCUAGAAGGAGAAGGUGGUCUGCAGGUCACAACACAGCUUACAUCACAAAGAAAUCCAAAACCAACCACUGAGUUUCAAACCUACGUGUUCCGCCUCCACGAGCAUCCGUCGUUUGGCUGGGAGCCACGCUUAACUGGCUAUGACUUCCAGAGACUUCUAUCAAACCUCAAGUCGUURAAGAUACGCGUUAAUUACGCGGAUCAGGGCACUGGAAUGUUAGACGACGUAUUUUUUGAGUCAACCGUUUACGACCCAACAUCUCUGCGUCAGGUGAACUGGGUUGAGCAAUGCAGUUGUCCACCACAGUACCGUGGGAAUCAUUGUGAACGCUGUAGCGAAGGUUAUACGCGUGAAUUCGGCGUAGAGAACCGAUACGGAAUCUGUCUCCCAUGCCAGUGUCACGGCCACUCCCAACUGCCAUGUGACCCCGUGACUGGAAAAUGUAUCUGUAUACAUAACACUGCAGGCGCAAAGUGUGACGUAUGCAUAGAUGGUUACUAUGGUAACCCUACCCAGGGUACCCCUCAAGACUGUAAGCGGUGUCCGUGYAAGUUUGGUAAUCGUUGUAUUMAGGUGCAGGAUAGUGUCGUUUGUACCGAUUGUCCUCCAGGUCACUCGGGGAACUUGUGCGACAGGUGUCAAGACGGUUACUAUGGCGACCCCAUGGGUUUAAAAGGCGUCCCAAUUGGUUGUCGAAAGUGUAACUGUAGCGGUAACAUCGAUCCUAACGCAAUUGGCUCGUGCGACCCCCAGACAGGCGACUGCCUUAAGUGUAUCUAUAACACACGUAACGGUCCGUUCAACCAGUGCGAGUUGUGCGCUGUAGGAUAUUACGGAAACGCAACGCACUACCCGAAACCGCAGUGCGAAGCUUGUGAAUGUUAUGCCCAGGGCACUGUAUCACCUCCUGGUCACGAUCCAACAGUUCCAUUCCCUUGUGACGCGCAAGGCCGCUGUACGUGYCUWCCAAAUGUCGUKGGCGACAAAUGUGACAGCUGUAUCCCAGAGUAUUGGAACGUGGGCUCAGGACGAGGAUGCGAGCGGUGUACAUGUGACCCAACUGGUUCCUAUAACAACACWUGUGACGUAAGGACCGGGCAGUGCGCUUGUAAGCCUGGCGUGACUGGUCGGCAGUGUGACCGAUGUGAAAUCGAUCAUUACGCGUUUUCUGAUUCGGGAUGUCUACCCUGUAAUUGCAACCCCCAAGGUUCUCUGAACGUCACGUGCAACGAACAGGGGAUCUGCGAGUGUCGUCCUGGWGUACUGGGCAUUAAGUGUGACUCGUGCAGGGAGAACUAUCAYAACCUSACGGCUGGGUGUAUAGCCUGUCCACCAUGCUACGAUGAAAUUCAAAAACUUGUACAAGGCUUACGAACCAAGCUGCAUGAACUCAUCUACAUUAUCGAUCGAUUCAACACAACUGAUCGUAAARUUAUCGACGUGGACUUUGAAGAUCGUCUCAAGGAUAUCACUUCUCGUGUCAAUAAACUCCUAAARCAGGCYGAGGAGGCCAAUAGCACUGACAAACACCUGCAGAACGAAAUUACUAUGAUUGAUAAACAGGUUAAUGACACAAGGCAGAGGUUAAUUGACGUCUGGCAAAACUCGACCGAUGCAUACUCGAUAGCAGAACAAGGUCUUGGCAAUAUUAGCCAUGCAGAGUCAUCAUUAAACGUUUCAAGGCAUCUUUUGGAUCUCAUUAAUAAACUGUUAAUGGAGGAAGGGUCAAAGGCGUUGAAUGAAUCUGUCAGUAAUGCCAACAAUACGGAUGCUAAUAACAAAAGAAUGAGAGAAAUAUUGGAAAAGACCAAGAAGCUUGCUGACAAACACGAAGCUCACGCUGACGAGAUAACAACAAAGUCCAUCGAGGCAGCAAAUGCAUCUGAACACGUGGUCAAAACCGUCGAUGAAGCUGUGAAUGUCCAGAACCAAACAACAGUUGACAUUGAAGAUCUUUACCGAAGACUCGACGAAACCGAGGAAUUGCAGGAAAUGGCCGAGGCGAACGCUACGGAGGCGCAUCGAAGGUCGAGUGACGCACUGUCAGUAGCCACUGAACUAUACAACAAUGGGACAUCGCCAUUACCAGAGCUAAACAUCACGACGCUAGAAGAAAAAGCCAAUAUGUCUAAAUCUGACGCUCAAAUCUUCAAAAUGAAAUCCGACAAAAUGAUCGAGGAUCUGAAAGGCCUGGUGUCGAGUUUUAAUGGCAAAGAAGAUGAUGUACGAAAGAAGAUGGCUGAAUGGCCUGGUCUUUUGGCUCAACUAAAGCAGUUAUUGACUGAUAUCGAGAAUGCUAAURCCACGGCUUGGGAGGCAUUCKUAAAUGGAGAAAAUACAUUGAAAAAAGCCAAAGAAAUGAAAGAAAUAUUAGAGAAAUUCAAUUCAAUCAUUGAAAAGUCGAGGAAAGAUGCUCAGAUGGCAGAAGCAAACAUACCAGAGAUCGAGAGACUUAUAAAAUCAGCCAAUGACAAGUCUGACAACGCAACUAAUAGCUUGGGAGAUGCUCAGCAAUUGGCCAGUGAGGCAAAGGACAAAGCGAACGACGCCCAGGGUAUMGCACAAGACGCACAAGAGAAAGCUUCAAAAAUAAGAAAUGAAGCAGAAAAUCUUGCUUUACCAGAGGACACAGUGAGUGAACCUGCCAAGAAAGCAGCCGCAAAAGUCGUUGUUCUUAAAGAAAAAGCCAUGAAAGACAAAGACGCCAUUGCAUCCGCCAAAGAACAAGCUAACAACGCAACUGCCGAGGCGAAGAAAGCGCGCGCAAAGAUUGAAGAAGUUCUCAAGAAAUUACUAGCAUUGCUCAAAGCGAUUGAUAGUCUAGACUCUGUGAACGUCACCCAGCUAAACAAACUAGAGGACAAACUCCAAGACGAGCUUAAUGGACUACGAGCCAUAGACGUUUCGGUGAACAACGUGGAAACGACACAGACUAUCAUACGCGAAAGCAUCGAAAAAUACACKGUCGAYAUCAAGCGAYUGGAGAAAGAGAUGGACAUCAUGAAGUCAGUUCUCGAUGCGCUACCCAGAGACUGCAARAAGAAAACUUCUGUGAUAGAAGGGCARGGUUAAUGUUACCAUGACAAUUACCAAUACAUGAUGACGUCAUUAACUAAUGUUACCAUGGUAACUUCAAAAUACAUAUUGACGUCAGUAAUGACUUAAUGAGGGAGGGCGCUUUGGUUGUACAUUAUAUUGUUUUCUUGCUUUCUAAGAAUAUGUACAAUACCAUGUUGUCCAGACAUAAGAUAAGCAAUAAUUUGAGACAUUUUUGGACAUGCCUUUUUAUGGACACAUUUUUCACUUCCAGUUGCUCAAACAGGAAGUUUUAAAAGCCAUUUUUUUACACUGAGAAAAGUAUUUGUAUAUUGUAAGCGAGUGCAUGGCAUUUAUCUGGGAAAACAAUGUUGUCMGUACACUGUUAACCGGCUGGGAUUUCACCCAAUGUGUUUUCUUGGAUUUAUGACAUUCAAACAAACAUAUUCUAUAAAUGGCUUGUAAUAAGAAUUCAGGGUUAAAACAUUGCAUCUAGCAAGGAAACUCCCAAAGAAAUUCAGACUUACUAACCUAGUUUAUUACAAAAAUGUAUGUGGAAAGGACAUUGAAACUGUUUUCUCAUUAAAUUUAGGGUAAUUUGAUAGUAUUAUAUAGUUAAAUCAAAUAGCAAAAAUUUAGAUGUUUUUGUUGCUUCAACGGUUUUCUGUUUUAGGAACCAAAUUUCAAAAAAAUGCAAGUAAUAAAUAAAGUUAUAUUUGUAUCUUGGA